UGAGCUAAACUCUCUUGCUGCUGCCGGGGUAACGGAGUUUUGGGGUUGUGCGAAAUGUUGCCGGUGGACUACGAACUCCCGCCAUUUUUCAAUCAAGAUUUCGCCCUCCUUGUUUGUUUUCGUGCGUUUUAGAACCCAUCCCACAUCGCCCAGUAUCUACCGGAAGACGUGCGUGGAUCAAGGGCGAGAAGAGAAGGGAAGAGAAAGAGAAAGUGGAGCGAACGUAGCAAGAUCACCAGUGUGAGAAAGCGCGCCAGACCUCUCCGAAUAGCGCCUCCGCUUGUCUCUGCCGCCUCGGGUACCUAGUUAGCUACGAUCGCCGCUUUCCAUACGAUUGCCUCUUCUAGCACCUCUGUCAAAAUCGCUUAUCUUGGAGUCUAAUUUUCAAGUUCCAGAGGUUUUUUCACGUGGUUUGCAUCAAUCCAGGACUAUGGUGACACCGGCUCGAUGGAUAGUUCGCAAAAUAGUAGGCUAGCUAGCUACAUGUGUGUUGUUGUUUUGCAUUGAGGCUCAAGUCAACCGGCUAGCUCUCUGUAUGUAUCCUGAGCACAUUGCGUGUUCGGGGAACUCGUGAUAUACGAAACUGGAAUACGUGCUAAGAUUUUUUGUUUUUAUUGUUCCACAAUUGUGAUCGAGAAGGGGGUUAUUUGUUUUUUCGUCACCUCCUGACCUGCGCUCACGAUGGCACCGUUGUUGGGCCGGAAGCCCUGCCCGCUGGUUAAGCCACUAGCAGAGCCACCAGGCCCAGGAGAAACCAUCUACACCAUCGAGCACACCAAGGAGGCCUUUCGGAACAAAGAGGAGUACGAAGCGCGCUUGCAGCGGUAUGGCGAGCGCAUCUGGACGUGCAAGAGCACCGGCAGCAACCAGCUGACUCACAAAGAGGCCUGGGAGGAGGAACAGGAAGUCACCGAGCUACUGAAGGAGGAGUACCCACCCUGGUUUGAGAAGCCCGUCCUGGAGAUGGUCCAUCACAACACGGUCUCCCUGGACAAGCUGGUGGACCAGGCCUGGGUGGAGAUCCUCACCAAGUACGCCGUGGAUGAAGAGUGCGAUUUCCUGGUUGGGAAGGACAAGAGCCUCCGGGUGAGGGUGGUGAAGGCGCACCCGGUGGAGAAGCCGGAGGAGGACGCCGCCGCCGCCGAGAAGAAGCUGAACGGCGCCUGCGACUCGCCCUCCAGCGACAAGGAGAACGCCGCGCAGGAGAACCAGCGCAAGCAGGCCCCGCCCGAGGAGGAGGAGGGCCGGCGGGACAGCCUCUGUGACCGGGCUCGACGCUCGCCCAGAAAGCUCCCCACGAACUUCAAGGAGGAGAAGAAGAGAUGGGUCAUGCCGAAAUUUCUGCCGCUCAAGUACGACGUCAAGCUGAUCAACGAAGACAAGGUGAUCAGCAACGUCCCGGCAGACAGCCUCUUCCGCACCGAGCGCCCGCCCAACAAGGAGAUCAUGCGCUACUUCAUCAGGCACAACGCCAUGCGCUUGGGCACCGGGGAGAGCGCCCCCUGGGUGGUGGAGGACGAACUGGUGAAGAAGUACAACCUCCCGAGCAAAUUCAGCGACUUCCUGCUGGACCCACACAAGUACUUUGCCGAGAACCUCUCGGCCAAGCGGAAGAGCCUGAGCUCGCCGGACGGCAGACCCGCCAAGAAGCCGAAGACGACGGCCGCGGAGGGGAACGCGCUCGGCGAGAAGGUGGAGAAAGAGAAGCAGAAGAAACAGAGGAAGAAGGUCCCGGGCAACAUGCCCCUCAGCCCCAGCAUGUGGGGACCCAUGCAGCAGGUGAAGAAGAUGAACGGCUCUCCUCUGAAAGUCAAGAACUCCGGGACCCCCAAGAGCCCGUGCGCCAGCGGCGACCAGAACAACAGCGACGACGACGUCAUCCUCCUGUCGCCCGGCUUCCCCAAGGGCGCCAAGCCCGCCAAGAAGCCCGGCGACAAGAAGCGGGCGGAGGCCAAGAGGAACCGGAAGAGCGCUAACGCCGCCGCCAGCGCCGGCAAGAGCCUCAACGGCCAGAAGGCCUCCAAGAAGGAGGGGAAGGACGGCAAAACGCCCAAGAUGAAGCAGAUGACCCUGCUGGACAUGGCCAAGCGCCGGUCCACCGCCAGCCCCAAGAAGAGGGCCAAGAGCGCGGGGCCGGGCACGCCCAAGCUGGGCAAGCCCCUACCGCCCAUGGCCCUCCACCUGCUGCGCUACUACAAGGAGAACAAGGGCAAGGAGGACAAGAAGAGCGCGCUCUCCUCCCUGGUCUCCAAGGCGGCCAAGGUGCUGACGGCGGAGGACCGCGCCCGGCUGCCCGAGGAGCUGCGGGAGGUGGUGCAGAAGCGCUGGGAGCUCCUGGAGCACAAGAGGCAGUGGGCGGCCAUGAGCGAGGAGGAGCGGCAGGAGGUGAUGCGCAGGAAGCGGGAGGAGAUCAAGGAGAAGCUGCGGGAGAAGGCCAAGGAGCGGCGGGAGAAGGAGAUGCUGGCUCGCCGGGAGCUCCAGCGCCGGUUCGAGGACCAGGAGCUGGAGGGGCGGAGCCUGCCCGCCUUCAAGCUGGUGGACACGCCCGAGGGCGUGCCCAACGCCCUGUUCGGCGACGUGGCCAUGCUGGCCGACUUCCUCAACUGCUACGCCGGGCUCCUGAUGCCGGACGACCAGUACCCGGUCACCGCCCCCGCCCUCAUGGAGGCCCUGGCCGCCGAGAAGGGGGGGUUCCUGUACCUCAGCCGGGUGCUGGUGGUGCUCCUGCAGACGCUGCUCCAGGACGAGCUGGCCGAGGGCUACAGCGAGCUGGACAUGCCCCUGUCGGAGAUCCCGCUCACCAUGCACUCGGUGUCGGAGCUGGUGCGGCUGUGCCUGCGCCCGCUGGACGCCCAGGGCGAGGGCGGGUCCUCCGAGGCCUGCUCGCUGGGCGGGGACCCGGACGGCGCGCCCAGCGCCGAGGUGGUGGAGCGGCUGGAGGCGGCCGAGGUGUUCGAGCUGACGCCCGAGGAGAAGGCCCGCCUCCUGGUGGCGCUGUGCCACCGCAUCCUCAUGACGUACUCGGUGGAGGACCACGUGGACGCCGUGCAGCAGCGCUCGGCCGAGCUGUGGAAGGAGCGGCUGGCCACCCUCAAGGAGGCCAACGACCGCAUGCGGGCCGAGAAGCAGAGGCGCAAGGAGCAGAUGGGCGCCAAGGGCGCCGCCGGAGGUUGGGUCAAGGUGGAGGGCGGCGGCGGCGGCGGUGGCGGCGGCAACCCCGCCACCCCGGUCUCCUCCUCCACCACCUCCUCCUCCUCCUCGUCCUCCGGGAAGGCGGACAAGAAGAAGGAGAAGGAGGGCGGCGGCAAGAAGGACGCCGCGGGCAAGGCCAAGCCGGAGCCCAAGCCCGAGCCGGAACCGGAGGACAUGAUCAGCACGGUGAAGAGCAGGAGGCUGCAGUCCAUCCAGGCCAAGAAGGAGAAGGAGGAGCAGGAGAGGCAGAACAAGGAGCGGAUGGAGAAGGAGGCGGAGGAGGAGCGGGUGAGGAAGCAGAAGGCCGCCGCCGAGAGGGCCUUCCAGGAGGGCAUCAAGAAGGCCAAGCUGGUCCUGCGCCGCGUGCCGCUGGGAACGGACCGCAACCACAACAGGUACUGGCUCUUCUCUGAUGUGGUUCCCGGGCUGUACAUAGAGAAGGGCUGGGUGCACGAGAGCAUCGACUACAGCUUCAGUCUGCCCCCCGAGGAGGUGAAGAAAGAGGAGGCGGAGCCCGAGGCGCCGGCAGAGGCGGAGAAGGAGGAAGAGUGCGAUGGGGAGAACAGCCUGAGCGAUGAAGGUCAGCAGGGAGCGCUGGCUGUCCCGGAGACCCCCAUCGAAACGACCACCCCAAAACAGGGGCAGAACCUCUGGUUUGUGUGUGACACGCCGCGGGAGCUGGAGGAGCUGAUGGAGAGCCUGCACCCGCAGGGGGUGAGAGAGAGCGUGCUCAAGACCAAGCUGCAGUACAGGUACCAGGACAUCCUGCACUCCAUCCACCUGGCGCGCAAGACCAACCUGGGCCUGAAGACCUGCGACGGCCACCAGGAGCUGCUCAAGUACCUGCGCAGCGACAUCAUCGAGGUGGCGUCCCGCCUGCAGAAGGGCGGCCUGGGGUACAUGGACGACACCUCGGAGUUUGAGGAGCGGGUGCGUUCCCUGGAGAACCUGAAGGAUUUCGGGGAGUGCGUGAUAGCCCUGCAGGAGAGCGUGAUCCAGAAGUUCCUGCAGGGCUUCAUGGCGCCCAAGCAGAAGAAGAAGAAGCCGAGCGGGGAGGAGAGCAGCAAGGCCGAGGAGGUGGACGAGGAGAAGAGGCUGGCGGCGGAGGCCAAGGUGGCGACGGCGGUGGAGAAGUGGAAGAGCGCCAUACGGGAGGCGCAGACGUUCUCCCGCAUGCACGUGCUGCUGGGCAUGCUGGACGCCUGCAUCAAGUGGGACAUGUCCGCGGAGAACGCGCGCUGCAAGGUCUGCCGCAAGAAAGGAGAAGAUGACAAGCUGAUCCUGUGUGACGAGUGCAACAAAGCCUUCCACCUGUUCUGCCUCCGCCCCGCGCUCUACUCCAUCCCCGAGGGGGAGUGGCUGUGCCCCGCCUGCCAGCCCGCGGUGGCCCGCCGAUGCACCAGGGGGCGAAACUAUAAUGAAGACUCUGAGGAAGAGGAAGAUUCAGAGGAGGAAGAGGAAUCAGAUGAGGAAGAGGAAGAUGAGGAGGACGAGGAGAAUAACGAUGACAAUGAAUUUGGACACUAUUUGAGAUCGCGGAAGGCUAGCAAGGGCAAGCGCCCGUCCUCACGCCCCAAACCCGCCCCCAAGGCGCCCCCCAAGAAGGCCACCCCCCCGAGUUCCAGGGCCGGCCGGCAGAAGGGGUCCCCCGGGAGCCCCCCCGACAGCGAGGAGCCGCCCAGCUCCAGGCGCCGGGUGAGCAGACAGGAGCAGGACCUGGGGAAGUGCGAGGAGGUCCUCAACAAACUGAUCAAGUUCCGCUACAGCUGGCCUUUCAGGGAGCCGGUGUCUGUGGAGGAGGCGGAGGACUACCUGGACAUCAUCUCCAACCCCAUGGACUUCCAGACCAUGCAGCGCAAGUUCUCCGAGGGCCAGUACCGGCACAGCAGCGACUUCCUGGAGGACAUGAAGCUGGUCUUCUCCAACGCCGAGGAGUACAACCAGCCCGGCAGCGCCGUGCUGGGCUACAUGGCCAAGACCGAGCAGCACCUCGUGGAGCUGCUGCACCGGCUGGCCCCGGGCCUGGGCUACCUGCGCCGCCGCGCCCGCAAGUGGGCGGAGCCAGAGCCCCGCCCGCAGAACGGCAAGCGGAAACGGACCGCCAAGCGGGACGAGGAGGAGGAGGAGGAAGAAGAGGAAGAGGAGGAGGGGGGCAGGCGCCAUAGCGCGCGGAGCAGGAGGCAGAAGUACGAGGAGAGCGAGGAAGAUGAGGAGCAGGAGGAGGAGGAGGAGGAUGGGGGGGGCCGCCCGCGGAGGACGAGCAGGCGCACGGCCGCAGGCUCCGCCCCCCGCGGUUACCGCGAGCAGGAGAGCGACAGCGAGCGCGAGGAGGCGGAGAGCAGGCGGGCGGGGCGGCGGCGGAGGCGGAGGGGGAGGGGGGGAGCGGGCGACGGGGAGCACAGCGACGAGGACAGGGCGGGGCCGCGGCACUCCAAACGCCAGCGACUGUCCCGCUGAGGAGCGUCCCGCGGAGAGAGGGGCGCGGCCGGCGUCCCUGUCCUUUCCGACGCUCGUUCAGGAACUCUAUCUGCUUUCGCUCUAAACGGACACCUCCAGGGCCCCGCCCCCUGCCCCUGCCCCUCCCCCAGAUUAUCAGACUUCAUUUUAUGUUCAUAUUUUGAGAAAAAAAAAAUUUGGUAUUUGUAAGGUGUUUAUUACUGGUGAAAAUAUUUUCAAAUAAGAGAAGAAAAAAAAAAGUAUGUUUUAGUAUUGAAGAUUUUGAGCUCUUAUAGGAUUUAAUUUGAGAACUGUUAUCAGUGCGAUUAAAAGCGGAACUCUUUGCAGUUUUA